AUGGCUUCAGGUACACCCAGCGGCGCCUCGCAGAGGCUACUUACCAUGAAGUUUAUGCAGAGAGCUGCGGCAGCAUCGUCACCUACCUCACCGAGCACAACUACCUCCGAUGACGGGCACUCCUCGAAACGCAGAAAGACAGCAGGCCGGUCGUCCAUGGGCGAGCCCGAAACCUCAAGCUACGUAAUCGACCAGAAGGCAGCGCGAGCUGCGCUGGACGAGGAAGAACGGAAGCGGCAGGUUGCCAUUGCAAAGGUGGCUGAGCAGCUGGGAGAUGGACAUUGGGUUCUCGAUGCGGCGAAACUGCCUCGCUCAGACCGCCAAGCGGUGGCCCCUCUGAAGACUGUGCAGGUUGGAUUCUCGCAGAUUGACAGAAGAGGAGGCUUAGAGGACGAUUCAGACAAUACAGACACUUCGACAGCAGACGGACCAAGUUUCCGGGCGUAUGGUCCUGAGAAGAAAGUUCAGAGAGACAAGGCAAGCAGUUACGCACAACGAACGGGUGUGCCGAAAUAUGCUGACUUAUUUCCGCUUUCCCCUCUACCUCAGAGCAACAGUGAUAGUGAUUCGGAUAGUGACUCGGACGACUCUGACUCCUCAGACUCUUCCGAUGAAGAUUCCAGCGAGGAGGUAACACAGGAGCAGCCUGGUCGUGCCAGCUACGGAGCACAGAAGCGUGACGAACUUCGUUCGAAACAGAACGCUGAACGUGAGAGAGCCAGGAAGCUAUCUUCACAACGCCGAGAGAAGGUGGUGAAGCUGAACAAGCUUACCUCGAUCUCUGGUGCGGGGUCUUACAGUUCCAAGGGCAAGCCUGGGCGGCGAUGA